UGUGGGACCUUCGAAAUUACGGAUUGGCGAGCUGGCAGAGCUGCAGAGGAGUCGAUAUCGAUGCUCCGAUACAAUUGAGCUCGAUUGGUGGUCAAUUCUACGAAUAUGCAGUGGGCAGCUGCGACGCGGUUCUAUGGGCUCUUUUAUAGAUGGUCGAGAGCUGAAUGUCUGAUGACGAGACGAAAUUUAGUUCGAAAUCUCCAUUCAACUAAGAGAUCACUUUCUGCUAAAGUUGCAAAAGAUGGAAGCUCAGAGAUUAGAGACAUAGGUGAAGAAGAGAAGAACCGUGUAGUGAGCGGACAAGGAGCUCUCAAAACCGACAAAGGGGCACGAAAGUGGCGACGACCACAGAAGAUGUUGACAGGGCAUGCCUUGCUUCGGAAAGUCAAGCAGGAGAAAAUGAAGUCAGCAAGACUGAAGAAGGAAGUGGACAAUUAUCAGGAACAAUUUAUGAAGGAGAAGAGGGAAGCUGGAGAAGAUGAAUCUAAACUCGACAUGAUCGACAUUAUUGCAGAGUUCAAGAGGAAGGAAGGGGUCUCGAGGGGGGAGUUGCAGCAGAAAAUGAGAGAGAAGACGAAGGCUAAGAAGCUGCGGCGCUUUAAGCACGAAAAAAAGAAGGCAAAGCGGCUACCGCUGCACUUACAGAAACGGAAUCGCGACAAGGAGCUGCUACAGAACAAGGAGAAGCAGACACCAUCUUUGCUGGAAGAGGAGAGUCAUCAGGUUAUGGAUCACAAGCUUUCGACCAAGUCGUCACUUGGAGAUGAAACAACUUCUUCGUCAAUUCUGAAGACUAUCGAUCCGCCUACGGAAGAUGGACUGCAAGCUGAAGUAUAUAAAAGCUCCCACACAAGUAUCCCAUCACCACUUGCAGCUUCUCUUCCCCCGAACGUCGACCAGCCAGAGCCGCAGGAUCAAGUCUCCCCGGAAGCCUCGAUGCUGGCGAGCAGAGCGGAUAGAGACAUCCAGUCUCACGAUCCCACUGCUGCAUUCAGUACAGAAGGUCAGCCCGAAGUUGUUCCGGAUGAUUCAGCUCCCAGGUUGCCAGAUGAGGAGAUCGCGGCAAUAGAUCUCCAACAGCAACAGUUUUCCGAACCAAGUGCAGCUAUGCCCGAGUCGCAAAACCUGAAUGGGUUCAGAUCCGAACAACAGGUUCAUGAGGAUGGGAUGUCUACAGAAGAACCGGGAACCCAUCCAACGGUCCCUGUAUCAGAGCGAGAUAUAGUGACCACUCACCCAGAUCCUCGAUUAAUUGAUGUAUCCGGUGAAAUGGCACCUAGAGACGUGAAACAUCCCGCCACAACAAUACCUGAACAGCUGCCAUUGCUUUCCGAGCAGAGAGAACCCCUUCGUGCAAAAGGAAAUAUUGCUUUAGAAAAAUCUCGAUCUGGGGACCUGCCAGACAAGGCACGGCAAGACGAGUCACAGCUCGAAAAAUCAGCUCCAGAGCAAACAAAAGACCCGACAGACAAGAAAUCCGGAUCGUCAAAGAUUUCCACCCACCUUCGCAGUGUCAUGCGAGCGCUCCCUGCUUCUGUCGUUGUUAUUACCACGGCUUUGACAACGUCAGCGUCCGAUACGCAGCGAAGUAGAGGGCGGGCCAUCUCACCAGCUCUCGCAGCUAAUGCUCGAGGCAUGACUGUUUCUUCGUUUACAACUGUCAGCCUUGAUCCUCACCCCAUCAUACAAUUCAAUAUCAAGGUACCAAGUCGAACACUUGGCGCCUUGAUGGAGACAAGACAUUUCUUUGUGCACAUCUUGGAAGCUACCAUGCUUGGAGCCAAAAUCGCUGCCGCUUUCACAAAAGGAAACUCGCCAGACGGCAACCCAUUUGUUAACCCGGUUUCAGAGGAGUAUAAAGUCAGACCCACACCAGUUGACGUCUGGAAACGUGUCACGGAAACGGACGACACGUAUAUCCGUCCUUCAGGGUGGCAGAAGCGUCUAGAAGAAGACUUCGCCUGGGUUCCAGACCCCGACAAUAGUUCGUUCAAGCGGCCAGCUACGUUCUCCAACGCUGAUGUCUGGCAACGAAAACCAAUCUCCUUCGAUUCUCCGAAAUCCAAAACAUCGAAGGGCCAUAGGAUCAUUCUUCCCAGAAUUGCCUCUGAUGGUGUUCUGCGAACUUUACGUUGUAAAGUUCUGGACAAGGGAGCCAGGGGUGGUGGAAGAGGCGAUGGCUUCAUCAGAGUCGGUGACCAUGUCAUAGUCAUUGCUCAGGUUCAUACUAUCGUCAGCCAUCGGCCUCCCGAGGAGGUUUCCAAGUCCAACAAAAAAGCGUUGGCCUAUGCGCAUGGAAAUUUCACGGCCACGAAUCAUACCAUUGAUCCUAACACGACUGUUGCGGGCAGCUCGCCUAGACGCACCAAAGACCGGGAGUUGCUAGAACUGCUGCAAAGUAAUAAGGCACCCCCAGAACAUCUCUUGAAUGCAACCACAGAACACGGCACUGAAGCUGUACAAGAUGAAAAAGAAACGAAAUCCAAGUCCAAAAUAAAAGAUCAUCUAGACGAAUCUCAGCUGUUACCGGAUCAAACUUCAAACGUACCGAUAGAAACCUUGCCAGAUGAGGAAGAUCUUGUGGAUGGAGGAGUGCCACUCAGGAAAAUACGAAUGAAGGGUCUUUCUCUCCGCGAGAUCAACGAGCUAGCCGAGAGAUAUUCCGACCGAGCACACAUCCUAAGGACUCGACUGGGCCUAUCUCCUGCAUCGGCCGAAGAGGAGGCUUCAAUACAAGAACCGCCAACAUUCAAUCCUACGGACGACGUCGGUGAAGCAGGAGACGAGGGCCCAGAACAUCCAGCAUUCAGUCCUGGCGUUGGCGUGGAUGGGGCCUGGACGGGACACUGGGGUCGAAAACCUGAUAACCCAAAAACCCCCAAACCCCCCGGGCCAAGAAUCAUAAAGCAUGUUAGCAAUCGCGGAGCAUCACUGGAGGAUAUUCGCCAAGAACAACAGAUAAGCUCCGAGGUACAGGUUCCGCGUCGAAUCGCCCAGGCUGCUAUUGAAGCGCUUCCCGAUGCCGAUGCCGAGACCCGGAAGAGUUAUGCUUUGUUCAGAGCCGCGGAGGAAUUGACUGCGAGGAGAGAAGAGAUCGAAAUUAUGAGGACUGCGUCGAAAAGUAGAGCACCGCCAGGAAGCUUGAGAUCCGGAGCCAAACCCAGCUCCAAGUCCAGAUCCGACGAGUGGAGCAGGAAACAGAAGCAGGGUUCCGUAGAUCAGCCCGUAAAUAUCAAAAAAUAUGAAAUCGACUCUCGUGGACUGGAUCCUGAGCUCCGACCAAAGAUGGAUGCAGUCUGGGAGAAGGUGCAGAGGUUCAAAACAAUGCGAACAGGACUCCGGGUCGCGGAUGAUGAACAGUAUGGAUUGUUCUGGAGACCGAAACAUAUUGUCAAAGAGGAGAAUAAGGAGAAAGCGAGAAUGGAGCUUGAGAUGCAGAAAUGUGGAAGUUUGGAGGAAAGCCGGGUCGAGUGGAGAGUAUUUGAAGGGAAACCGCCUGCUGAGGAAUUGAUUCUAGAGCCUGAGGAAAGAUAUCAUAACUCUGGCUCUAGAUCGAUUUUCACAAAAUUGGGCGAUGUCGAGCGCGACGAUGCUGUGGACACGGGCUCGUAUGAACGCGGCAGGACGAACACUGGAAAACAGACAAAGCAGAAGGAAAAGACGAUCGUGUACCAGGAAGCCGAUCCAUUCGCGGAUGAGUUUCUUUGAGUGUGGGAUGUAUGAUAUAUAUUGCAUCCAUAGGUGUUGACAGUUAAGUGUUGUAUGUAUUCUAGAAUGAAGACACGUCUAGGAGGAUUUGUAC